GCUUCAACAAUCCUCGACUCUCUUCGCCGUAACAAAUAUGCUUCGAUUGAGAGCAUCGGCAGGCGCUGGUCCUUCUGAUCCGUUAAGAUGCACACAAACACACACACGCGCACACAAUGACAGUUGGUGAUACUGUACUGUACAAUAGAAAUACAACCAAAGAUGGUGAUGCUACACUAUAUUUACAAUUUCAUCUUCUCGCGAGCAAAUUUUAAUGGUUUAUGAAGGUGAUGGCGGUGGUGUUUUGAUCACCUGUCGCAAUUUAGGGGCCCCUUAGUGAUGGUGAGGGCCGUGGUGUCCACGGUGGUGGUGGUGGUGAGGGGGAGGCGGUCCGUGGUGAUGACCGCCGUGUCCGCCCAGACCUCCGUGACUACGGCCGAGCAUCGAGAAGAGCAGGCCGCUCCCCGAGUGGUGGUGGUGAUCGGCCGUAGGAAUGAAGGAGUGGGGCACCGAGUCAAAGUGGACGUGGUGCCCUCCACGGUGAUGAUGAUGGUGGUGGCCGCCACGGUGGCCGCCCAUGAAAGGAGGACCGUGCUCGUGGUGGCUGUGGUGAGCAAAGGGUCCUCCAGCGCCGCUGGAGAACGGGCCUGCGUGAGGCGUGAAGGGAUUGAAGUGGCCGUGUCCACGGGCCAAAUCCGCGUCCGCGACUGGCGCCAGGGAAAAGUUCCGAGAAUUGGUUGCCGUGGUGAUGAGGCCGGUUGUGAUGGUGAUGGUGGUGGUGGUGGUGUCGCGCACCUGGGCUUCUGGGGUCACCGCCCAUACCAGGCGAUGGGCUCCUCGAUGAGGCCGAAGAGGCAGUCGUACUUUCGGAAUUGUCGAGGCGCUCCCACUCGCCCUCGCUAUCGCCCCCGGCGUGGAAGGGAGGAGGGCCGUGGUGGCCGUGGUGGCCGUGGUGGCCAUCGUGGCCGCGGUGGUGGUGACGUUCCGACCGCAUGUGCAUGCCACCACGUCCACGACCGGGUCCUCCUCGGUGGUGAUGGGGGUGGUGGUGGGGUCCGUGGUGAUGAGAGAUGCGGGGGUCCAUCAUGAGAUCCAUGUUGAUGAAGAGUGGUGAAAAAGA